GGGGGAGCCGGGUUGGGGGAGUGGCUGACAGACUGGGGAAGGUUGGCCGAGGCUCAGACUAAGGCAGUUUCUCAGCUGCUCACAGCGCGGCGGCGGCUUUCGAGGAAGAGGAACAAAUCCCCUCCGAGUCGGGACUGAGAGACUGUGGGGCUGAGGAGGGGGAGAGGGGGAGAGGGGGAGAGAGGCACUGGGAGUAGAGUUGCUGAGGUGGGAGCGGUGUUGAAUGGCUGCAGGAGGGACCCUCUCACCAACCCUGAACAUGGAGAGCUAUGAGGAGGCCAGAGAGGCGAGCUGUGAGCUGCUGGCGGAGCCGGGAGGUGUGUGUUCCCCGGGGCUGUGUUACCCCGAGCGGGCCAUGUCCGUGUCGGUGUCGGUGUUGGCCCGGCCGCCCCGGCACAAGGACUCCAGCUCCGCCAUCCGCAGGAAGCGGGAGUUCAUCCCAGACUCGAGGAAGGAUGACAGUUACUGGGACAAACGCAAGAAGAAUAACGAAGCGGCCAAGAGGUCCCGGGAGAAGCGGAGAGUCAACGACAUGGUCCUGGAGAACCGGGUGCUGUCGCUCCUCGAGGAGAAUGCCCGACUCCGAGCCGAGCUCCUCGCACUCAAAUUCCGCUUUGGGAUCAUCAAGGAGCCGCUGGAGUCCCAUCUCCUGCCCAACCCCGGUCCCGGGUCCCAGCGCUUCCCCCCCCCGGGGCAGCCAGGCUUCCCGGCCAGAGGCGAGGGGUCGCCCUACCCAAUGGAGAGCCGAGGCUUUGCUCCCAGCGGCAGCUGUCGGACUCUGGCCCGCGGGCCGGGGGUUGGGGUUGGAAUGGGCUCUGCGGUGGAGGCGCAGGAUUCCUGCCUGGUGUCUGAGGACUCUGGUAUCUCCACCCCCGGCGGCUCCAGUGUGGGCAGCGGGAGCCCCGUCUUCUUCGAGGAGCCCCUGAGCGAGUCGGGCCGCGAGGAGCUUCGCUUCGAGCCGCCGCUGCCGUCGUCACACGCGUGCGAGCCCGGCCCCGAGCUCAGCGCCUUCCCGGGCCACAACCCCAAGCCAGCCUGCUCCCCCGAGCCCGCCAACAUGGUCAAGUGUCUCCCCCACAAACUGCGCUUCAAGAUCAGCGCCGGCCUGGAGGACAGCGGCGACGCCGAGUUGAGAGGUCGAGGGGCCCCGGUGGCGGGGGACGGUGCCCCCCGAAGAACUAUCGACCUCCACCCGGAUCGGGGAAUGGUUCCCGGGGCGCCGCCCGCCUGGAGACCCCAACUCGGGCUGCUGGCGGAGGAUUGCAGAGCUCUGCCAGGUCACAGAGGCGGCCAGGACGCAAGGCGGCCCGCGGGCCAGUGCCAGGCCGGCAGCUUCCCGGAGAGCCCUGGCUCAGGCGACUCUGCGGUCAAGUCAGAAAACCAGGGGUUGAAGACGCAGUUGGCUUCCCUGUCUGCAGAAGUGGCUCAGUUAAAGAGAAUGUUCUCUCGCCAGCUGUACUCUAACCUGACCUAGUAUGUGCUUCGGGUGCUGUGUCUGUCUGUCAUGUUUGUUCGUCAUUAUGACUCUCUAACUUAUUUGGAGAAUGUGGGUCCAUAUUGUGAAUAUAUAGCGGCGGAGGGUUGUGAAUUGGUGUGAAAUAACUUGUGUAAAUAGAUUUUUUAAAAGUUUUUUUUAAUGGACUACUUGUCACUGUAAUAAAAGUUUUUUUUUAAAGUUGGACACAAAGAAAGGUGAAAGUUUCUGAGUGUCGUUUGGCUUUUCAGGAUUAGGGUCUGCGGAUGGUUUUAGAUAUAUA